AGACGAAGAAGAAUACCGGAAGCACGGCCAUUUUCCCGGAAGCCAGUAGAGCUGUUUUGUUGCCAGAGGGAUUGUUGUGAAAAUGGCGGCGUCUCGUCGCUCGUCUCAGCAGCAACAGCAACAGACCCUGUCGUCUCCUCCUCGGAGCGCCUCCCUCUCGCUCACCCCUCCGGGCUCUCCUCCGGGACCUGUGGGUGCAGCGAUCUUGGCUCCUGCGGGCGCCGAGCAAGACGGCGGCGGGGAUUCAGAGGUAGCCCCGGCCUCCCCGGACCUGCCCGCCCCGGGCCUCAGCGGCAGUGGUAGCAGCGGCUCCAGUGGCUCUAGCUCCACCGCGAGCGGCGGCUCGAGCCCGGACUCGGGCGGCUCCAGCCCGGGGGCCGGCGGCGCUUUUCGGGAGCUCUUCGAGGCCUGCCGCAAUGGGGACGUUUCCCGGGUGAAGCGGCUCGUCGACUCGGUGAAUGUGAACGCCAAGGACAUGGCCGGCCGCAAGUCCACCCCGCUGCACUUCGCCGCAGGGUUUGGCAGGAAGGACGUGGUGGAGCACCUCCUGCAGACGGGCGCCAAUGUGCACGCCCGCGACGAUGGUGGGCUGAUCCCGCUGCACAAUGCCUGCUCGUUCGGCCACGCUGAGGUGGUAGGCCUACUGCUGUGCCAGGGAGCAGACCCAAAUGCCCGCGACAACUGGAACUACACACCCCUGCAUGAGGCUGCAAUCAAAGGCAAAAUCGACGUGUGCAUUGUGCUGCUCCAGCACGGCGCCGACCCCAACAUCCGCAACACCGAUGGCAAGUCGGCCCUGGACCUCGCCGACCCAUCUGCCAAGGCCGUCCUCACCGGUGAAUACAAGAAGGACGAACUCCUGGAAGCAGCAAGGAGCGGUAACGAGGAAAAGCUCAUGGCCCUGCUCACCCCCCUGAAUGUAAACUGUCACGCCAGCGAUGGCCGAAAGUCAACAUCCCAAAAAUUGCUGUCUACCCCACUGCACCUGGCAGCUGGGUACAACCGUGUGCGGAUCGUCCAGCUACUGCUUCAGCAUGGCGCUGACGUCCACGCCAAGGACAAAGGCGGCCUGGUCCCCCUGCACAAUGCCUGCUCCUACGGUCACUACGAGGUCACCGAACUUCUGCUCAAGCAUGGCGCCUGCGUCAACGCCAUGGACCUGUGGCAGUUCACGCCGCUGCACGAGGCGGCCUCCAAGAACCGGGUGGAGGUGUGUUCACUGCUGCUGAGCCACGGCGCCGACCCCACCAUCGCCAACUGUCACGGCAAGAGCGCAGUGGACAUGGCCCCCACGCCCGAGCUCAAAGAGCGCCUCACCUAUGAGUUCAAAGGCCACUCCCUGCUCCAGGCGGCACGGGAGGCAGACAUGGCAAAGGUGAAGAAGACUUUGGCCCUGGAGGUCAUCAACUUCAAACACCCCCAGUCCCACGAGACUGCGCUGCACUGCGUGGCGGCCUCCCCGCACCCCAAGCGCAAGCAGGUGACCGAGCUACUGCUUCGUAAAGGAGCCAACGUCAACGAGAAGAACAAGGACUUCAUGACUCCACUGCACGUGGCUGCGGAGAGGGCGCACAACGACAUCAUGGAGGUCCUGCAGAAACACGGAGCUAAGAUGAACGCGCUGGACACCCUGGGCCAGACGGCCCUGCACCGGGCGGCGCUGGCGGGCCACCUUCAGACCUGCCGACUGCUGCUGAACUACGGCGCCGAUCCGACCAUCGUCUCGCUGCAGGGCUUCACUGCGGCUCAGAUGGGUAACGAGGCCGUGCAGCAGAUCCUUAAUGAGAACGUCCCGGUGAGGAACUCGGACGUGGACUACCGUCUCCUGGAAGCGGCCAAAGCAGGGGACCUGGACACUGUGAAGCAACUGUGCUCCCCCCAGAAUGUGAACUGCCGGGACCUGGAGGGCCGGCACUCCACGCCGCUACAUUUUGCAGCCGGCUACAACCGCGUGGCUGUGGUGGAUUAUCUGCUGCACCACGGUGCUGACGUGCACGCCAAGGACAAGGGCGGCCUGGUUCCCCUGCAUAACGCCUGCUCCUACGGGCACUACGAGGUGGCGGAGCUGUUAGUGCGGCACGGGGCCUCCGUCAAUGUGGCCGACCUGUGGAAGUUCACGCCGUUGCACGAGGCGGCCGCCAAGGGCAAAUACGAGAUCUGCAAACUACUGCUCAAGCAUGGCGCCGACCCCACCAAGAAGAACCGGGAUGGGAACACGCCCCUGGACAUGGUGAAGGAGGGAGACACGGACAUUCAGGACCUGCUGAGGGGCGACGCCGCCCUGCUGGACGCUGCGAAGAAGGGCUGUCUGGCACGCGUGCAGAAGCUGUGCAGCCCAGAGAAUAUAAACUGCAGGGACACGCAGGGCCGCAACUCCACCCCACUGCACCUGGCGGCUGGUUACAACAACCUGGAGGUGGCGGAGUACCUGCUGGAGCAUGGGGCAGACGUCAACGCCCAGGACAAGGGGGGGCUGAUCCCACUCCACAAUGCGGCUUCCUAUGGGCACGUGGACAUCGCGGCACUCCUCAUCAAGUACAACACGUGUGUGAAUGCCACGGAUAAGUGGGCUUUCACCCCCCUUCAUGAAGCCGCCCAGAAGGGGCGUACCCAGCUGUGCGCGCUGCUGCUGGCUCACGGCGCUGACCCCACCAUGAAGAACCAGGAGGGCCAGACGCCUCUGGACCUGGCCACGGCUGAUGACAUCAGAGCUCUGCUGAUGGAUGCCAUGCCCCCUGACGCCCUUCCCAGCUGCUUCAAGCCCCAGGCCACAGUGGUCAGCGCCUCUGUCAUCUCCCCGGCCUCCACGCCCUCCUGCCUGUCCGCUGCCAGCAGCAUCGACAACCUGGCAGGGCCCCUGGCCGAUCUCACUGUGUCUGGGGCCUCCGGGCCCGCUGACGGCGCCACCGGCUCAGACCGCAAGGAAGGGGACACCAUUCUGGACAUGAACAUCAGCCAAUUCCUGAAGAGCCUGGGCCUAGAGCACCUGAGGGAUAUCUUUGAGAGGGAACAGAUCACGCUGGAUGUACUGGCUGACAUGGGCCAUGAGGAGCUGAAGGAGAUCGGGAUCAACGCCUACGGUCACCGACACAAACUCAUCAAGGGCAUGGAAAGGCUGCUGGGGGGCCAGCAAGGUGCCAACCCCUACCUGACGUUCCACUGUGCCAACCAGGGCACGGUGCUCAUAGACUUGGCCCCUGAUGAUAAGGAGUUCCAGUCGGUGGAGGAGGAGCUGCAGAGCACCAUUCGGGAGCACAGGGACGGGGGCAAUGCAGGGGGGGUGUUCAGCCGCUAUAACAUCCUCAAGAUCCAGAAGGUGGUGAACAAAAAACUGCGGGAGAGAUAUGUCCACCGGCAGAAGGAGAUCGCCGACGAGAACCACAAUCACCACAACGAGCGCAUGCUCUUUCAUGGAUCCCCCUUCAUAAACGCCAUCAUCCACAAAGGGUUUGAUGAGCGCCAUGCCUACAUCGGUGGCAUGUUCGGCGCUGGCAUCUACUUUGCGGAGAACUCCUCUAAGAGCAACCAGUAUGUGUAUGGCAUUGGGGGUGGUACCGGCUGCCCCACCCAUAAAGACCGCUCCUGUUAUGCCUGCCACAGGCAGAUGCUGUUCUGCAGAGUCACAUUGGGCAAGUCCUUCCUGCAGUUCAGUGCCAUGAAAAUGGCCCACGCCCCCCCGGGCCACCACUCUGUCAUCGGCCGGCCCAGUGUCAAUGGUCUGGCCUAUGCUGAGUAUGUCAUCUACAGAGGAGAGCAGGCCUACCCAGAGUACCUCAUUACCUACCAGAUACAGAAGCCAGAAAGCACAGCUCAGACUGCUCCGGGCGCAGAACAAAAGUCCUAGUCCGGCCCAGCCCAGUCCGGCUCAGCUCAGCUCAGCUCAGCCCUGCCCAGCCUAGCAGAGCCCAAACGAACCACAGAGACUGUUACUGAACACUUCAUACAUUCGGGGCCAAACUACCAGUGAAGCUCCUUUAGUUUUUUUUUUUUUUUUUUUUUUUACUUUAAGAUAAACUUCAGUUGUGAACAGCUGAUAUUUUUCUUUUCUUGUUUUUAUUUCAUUUUUAUUCCCCUUUCUCACUGUUUACAAAAAGUUGCCUUCACCUGUAACCAGUCACAGCUCCUUUUGCGCCCCCUGGUGCUCAAAAUGGUUCACUGCGAGGGUUGGAGGCCACAGGAAAGUGACACCUUCAGGGUGCCCUGUGCCCCCUUAACCACACCCAGCUCAGUCUGCCAACCCCCCCAAGCAUUACAUUGAUGUGAGACAUGGCAGACCUGGAGUGGGGGGGGGGGGGGGGGGCAUGGAUGCCCUGAGCCUUGGUGUCCUUUAUUUUUAUCGGCCUGUGAACACACUUGCCAUCCUGGAUUUGUAUGCUUUUACUGUGAUUGUUUUAGGUUAUUUACACUAUAAAUUGGACCAUGUCACACUUCAGUCUGUAGGGACCCUAACUUUUACUUUACUCAUUUGUCUUUCUUUACAGGAAACACAUUGUGUAGUUUUUUUUUUUUUUUUAAAGAAAGCUUUGGGAUGUUUCAGUGGGUUCAGAAAGUGGCAAACUGACGGGAACAACACGGAGAAACAGAAGCUCAGCCUGUGUUACAGCUCGACAUAUUACUUUGCACAAGAAUCGGUCUGUAAGCGUCACAAACCCACGUCGCUGUUGUCUUAUACGCAGGAUUCAUGUUUUAAAGGACUUGCACUUUUAAACAGGAAUGAUAAGUUAUUAGUAACUGAGAAAUACGUUUUUGAAAAAAAAAGUUGGUUAAUGUACAGGUUAUGUAAACAAUGCCUUUGUAAAGCUUUGAUGUUCUUUACUGAUGAAGAUUGGCUUUUAUUACUUCUCGAAAUGAAGCCGGCUUUCCUUUUGGGUUUUUUUUUUUAUUUCCACAUUUUCCUGGAGAUGGAAUGACUUGGUGAUCAGGCUAACUAGUUGUUUGGUUUUUUUUUUUUUUGAAUAAAUAUUAACUGUAGGAAGUCGUCUGUUGGUCAUGUUGCCAUGUUCGUAGAACUCACCACUUUGGGUUGGAGAAACUGGUUGUAACAAUACUACUGAUGACGCAGUUACUCGACUCGCUUCCUGUUCCCUAUGAAUUCCUGUACUAAUUCUGGAGGGGACCCGACUUCUUGUUCAGGAGAGAACCACCGGUCCCCCGGGAUCGCUCGCUCUGCCCUGGAGCUAUAGGAAGGUGGAACCCAAAACCAUGAAGGGCAGUGCUGGCUGGGGUGAGUGGGGGGUGUCAGUGGCGAUCACCUGCUUUUAAGCCCCCCAUUCAUUGGCGCCACUUCAGCAUCAUGCAGAACUGAAUAGAACCACAGACAGUCUGACACGGAUGCGCUCAUGUGUGGGGGUGUUCCCUUUAUGGAUGUACUGUUUCAGUGCCGCCCCCAUCCCCCCUCCCAUCCCCGCCAAAUGGAGUCCCUUCCUCAAGCAAGGAAAGCAAUCAUGUUUCCAUCUGCUUCCCGAAUGAUCCUGUAAUCCUUAAUGUGAUGAUUUACCUUUGUUACUCAAACCAUGCAGUGUAACAAAGUUGAUAUGAAGAUUAAUCUAUCACACUUCAGCCUUGUAAACCAGUCUUAAUAAAGUAUGUGACACUUCA